AGAAACAGCCCUCAGACGUCUCUCUCAGUCCAAAGGUUCGUACCGAAGAGCGUUUCCUUCCCAGAUGGACUCUCACAGCAAAACAGGGAAGGUUUACCUGCAGCCACACAAAGCUGGAAAAAAGUGGAAGCCGGUGUGGUUGUCUCUGUUUCCGCCCAGCAGCAGUGGAGUCGGCCGGCUGGAGAUCCAGGACAUGGGAGGAGGCGGCGCUGGAGGCGAUCUCGGCGCCGCGGUCCGGAGACACCACCAGCCCCACGGCGACAGGAAGGUGGUCCGGCUGUCGGAGCUCCUCAGCGUCCUCAGACUCCCGCCCAACGCCGAGGCCUGUCCCACGGAGAACAUGGCGGCGUUCUGCGUGGAGACCCAGGACAGGACCAUGGUGUUCGCUGCGCUCAAAGACGAGUGCGUGGACUGGGUGGACAAGCUGUGCCACAGCACGUUCCAGAGAGGAGGUGGCUCGGGCUCGACUCAGCGCCACAUGGAGGAGAACCAGAUAUACGCCUCAGCAGAUGAAGCCCCGGAGUUCUGGGUGGUGAUUCAGAGGACCGACGCGGCGACACGGUGCGGCCUGCAGGGGGCGUACUGGCUGCAGGUGGACCGAGAGGCGCUGCUGCUGAGGGAAGCGCAGAAGAAGAAGGUUGUCCGAGAGUGGCCGUACGAGCUGCUGAGGCGAUACGGGAAAGACAAGCUGACGUUGACCAUCGAGGCAGGCCGGCGCUGCCACUCCGGUCCUGGAACCUUCACCUUUGAGACGCAGCAGGCCGAGAACAUAUUCUCCCUGAUCCAGAGCACCAUCAAACAGAAGACUUCAUCUGCAGGCAACCAAAGCCUGGAGGCUGAGAAAGCGCCGGCGGCCAACAUUCAGGCUCAUUCUCCUCUCCCCAAAAUACCCGACGUGACCGGCAUGGCCGCCCUCCUGGAGAACCAGCUGAGGACAUCUCCGGCGUCGGAGAAGCGUUCACCCGUUCAGGAAGACUUGGUGGGUAAACCAGAGUCGGCUCAGCCGGCUCCCAUCACCCUCAUGCCGCUCCCAUUGGUCCCCACGCACGAGGGAGGUCAUCACGGCGGCCAAUCGGAGGCCAUCUAUGCCGACCCAAGCGACUGCAUCCGGCCGGUGCUGAAACCAACCACGGCGCUGUACGUCGACCCUGCGAGCGUUCUCCCGCUGAAACCCCCGAGUUCAAGAGAGCCUCCGGUUCCUGCCUCCUCGGUUCCACGUUCCAGCGCCAGGACCGUGGACUCCGUCUACUCAGAGGUGUUCGACAAAAUCAGCCCGGACCAGAAUAAACAGGUCGACGUCCUGCAGAGCAAAGCAAACAGGGAACCCAUUUACGCUGAGCCCAUGAGCAACACGGACAAGCCGUCUGAAAGAACCCAAACCAAACCCGACCCGUUCGAGCACCUUUAUGCUAAAGUCUGCAAGACGCCUCCAUCGUCGAGUCCCACGACGUGUCCCGGCGCCGCCGCUGUCAGCGCCACCACGCCGAGCGAUGAGUCUCUGGAUGACGUCAUCUAUGAAAACCUGGGUAUCAUUUAAGGCUGACGCCAGAAAUCGGACCUGCACGCAACCCAAAGAAUUCACUGAGAAACCCGACAUUCAGGCACGUCUCUGUGCUUCUGUUAAAAUGUAUUUUUUAAAUUGUAAUUUCACAUGUUGACGUCUGUUCGAAAACAAACCGAGGAAACAGACCAAGCUGCAGCUAGCUCUGGUCCGGUUUCCCAGAAUAGAGUGACUGAGGUGCAUCUGAAGGUACUGUGGACUCCUGAACCAGAUUAUCACCCGGUUCCUUCACAGCUGCUGUUAUCUGGAUCAAACAGCAGUAACGUGCAAAUACUGAGAACUUUCUAUCACGGUGAUGACAAUCGUCUGACUUUGUCAAACCUCAUUGACCCUGAACAACCGAAGUCAAGGAAGCAGCUUGUGGUCUAAUCAGAGGCAAUGUUCUGAUCCGAUCAAGGUAUUUUCAACUCAGCAGUAUCAGCUUUAGUCCAGUUCUUUGUUUACGUCUGCUGUCGCACAGGUGUCAGUAACGGUGAGGUAAACUUCCAGCAGGACACAUUCUGAUUACGUUUCCUUCAGUCAUCAGCCACAGCAUCGAUCAGUGAUGAAUGAUCCCAGUGAAGCAUGAAGUCGACUGGACUUCUCCUUCAUGUAAAUGUGGAGCGGAGCUCUGUGGCCGUGUGGAGCUGUCAUAAAACAGCUGGACUAGCUGCUGCUGAACUAACGUGAGGACAGGUUGAUGGCUUGUUUCUCUCCUCAGAUCUUUUCAGAAAUACUUUUCGCUGAACGGUUUUCGUAAUAAAACCGCGAGUUUGCAGCCGAGCCGCCAUGUUGGUUCUACGCCUCGGAGGUGAAACGGCUGUCAUGUGACCACCUACUGACCUGCUAGUGCACGCCUACCAAGUGGGUGACCCUGUGGAUGCGUAGCACCACGCUACAUUCAGACGCUACGUCUGCUAACAGAACAACCAGCAGCACCUCAGACUCCUGCCAGAGGAGGUGAACACGACAUCUGCAAUGACCUGAAACUUCUUCAGACACAGCAAAUUACAGCAUCACUUCUGUGGGAACAUUCCCUCCACUGUGUGUUCGUAAACCACAGAACCAUGACCUGACCCUGCUGCGUUUCAGGUGGUGGGCGGAGCUAAACGUCAGACCGCUAGGCUAACUUUGUCUGGGACUUUACUGCUUGUAACUUUAUCAGUUACCUCCAUGUGCUGUGUCAGCGUCUGUUCGACCUCUAGCUGGAACCACGUGACAGUAUUUGGACAGCGAGCGAGCGCUGGGUCCGGCCCGACAGCAGACCCGUUUGCGUUGCAUGAUGGUCGAGCUUCCACUCACAGCUUAAUGACGACAACUCAUCACUCAGGUUUCCGCUGAGGAUGCUUUUGCCUCCUGAGAACCGGACCUGAGCGACAUGUGUCUGUGUUGCAUAUUCACACAGUAACAUCAGUGAGCAAACCUUUUAACCAGUGACACGUGACAGUGUUUUACAUUUCACCUUCCUGCUGCAGUAGAGGUAUGCUGUGUGCACAUGUGUGUGUAAAUAGAGAUGAAACGGCUGUUGUCACUGUUUUGUUACAUAAAGUGUUUUUCAUUUUUGCCUUUUAUUAAAUCAGUCUCAUAAACGAACACAA